AUGGCAAGAACCAAGCAGACCGCUCGUAAAUCCACCGGUGGUAAAGCGCCGAGGAAGCAGCUCGCCACUAAGGCUGCCCGCAAGAGCGCCCCGGCUACCGGCGGUGUGAAGAAACCUCACCGUUACAGGCCAGGUACCGUGGCUCUGCGUGAAAUCCGCCGUUAUCAGAAGUCCACUGAGCUGCUCAUCCGCAAGCUGCCCUUCCAGCGCCUGGAACAAACAUUAUUUAUUUAUAAUGUGUGUGUUUUCUUUUAUAGGAAACAGCAGCAUCAUGCCCGAACCAGCGAAGUCCGCGCCCAAGAAGGGCUCCAAGAAAACCGUCCCCAAGACCGCCGGCAAAGGAGGCAAGAAGCGCAGAAAGUCCAGGAAGGAGAGCUACGCUAUCUACGUGUACAAGGUCAUGAAACAGGUCCACCCUGAUACCGGGAUCUCCUCCAAGGCUAUGGGCAUCAUGAACUCCUUCGUCAACGACAUAAAGCAUAACGUUUCAUAAACAUGUUUCAAAGUCAGACACAUCUUGAUUAAAGUGAAAGUGGUCAAAGCUGUGUAUCAAUAAAAUCCAAAUAAGUGA